AUGAUCAACCUUUUGUCGGUGAUACUUUUGCUAUGUGUCGCUUCCAUGAUGGUCGACAGCAGUAGCGCUGAUUCCGGUGGGACGGAGCAGAAAGCAGCUGAACAGGGAGCUUCUGCGGGAGAACAAGGCGCGAAAAAGGUUGAAGGGCAAAAUGAGCCGGCACCCGAUCAAAAAGAGACUGGCAAAGCAAAGGAGGGAACCGCGGCUGAACCUAGCGAGGCGAAAACGAAAGAAGUGGAUGCGAAAACUGUCGAAAGCGCUGACAAGAAGGGUCCGUCAGACGUAGAAGAGAAAUCUGAUCGGAGGCAGAAGGGAUCUGACCGUGGAACUUCUGCGGGAGAGCAAAAGGAUUCAACCGCUCCAGCUGGUGAUCAAAAGGAAACUGUCAAAGCGAAGGAAAAAACUGUGGCUGACUCUAGCGAAGCGAAGACGAAAGAAAUCGAUGCAAAAGCUACUGAGGGUGAUGAGAAGAAGGGCACGAGUACCAGCGAGAAAGGCGCAAGUGCAGACAAAAAGGGUAAGGAUGGUUCACUCCCGAAAACCACCGAGGCCAAGGAAUCUUCUUCAACUGAACCGAAGACCGAAGAAGCCGCCUCAACUGAGAAAAAGAAUAAAGAAGAAGCUGCCGUUUCAACUCCUCCCCCGGAGAAAAAGAGUGGAGAAACUGCUGCGAAAAAGGAAGAGCCGAAAACGUCCAGAGGCAUACCUGUCAUUCAAUGA